AUGGAUAGCAGUCGUUAUAGGAUAAAAAAGUGUAUUUUGCAAAAUAACGAAGGAGAAUUAGUGAAAUUAUUAAAGAGUGGUUUCAAUCCCAAUCAUGAAGGAGGCUGGCCAAUAAGAUUAGCAGCUCGCCAUGGGCUAUAUCCAAUUGUUAAACUUCUUAUGCAAUAUGGGGCAAAUCCGCACCUUAUAAGCGAGGCUGGGGCUUCAACAUUGCAACUGGCUGUUUAUUCAGGCGAAUUUUGGAAUACCGAAAAGUGGUCUUUCCUCCUAUCUUGCUGCGAUUCAUCGCAAUUAGCUGACGGCGCUGCUGUAGCGAUGGUAUUCUACAACAUACCAGCGUUAAAAAAAAUUAUGGAAACCGGACGAUGUAAUACUCAUAUACCUACUUCCUUAACUGGUAAAACAGUUGAUGAAUUAGCAAGAGGUUACAGAUUGCAAAGCCUUCUGUAUUCGCCAAUGAUUCAAGACAAUAUAAACAACGUUUCACCAAUUUCUUCGCCUAGGAAUAUACGGCAAACCGAAUCGGAUUACAGAAUGUUAUCACCUCAACCGCCAAGAAGAAAUUUAUCACCCUCUGUGGCCAGGUUCUUCAAUCAAACUGCGAAUCAGACGUCCCUUACCCCUCCGCGAAAUACAUUAACGCCAAAUUACCUACCUUUUCCCAAUUUUUAAUUCGACUGAUAUUAUUAUAAAUAAUUUUAUUUAUCUUAGAUGUAGGAAAUGAAAAAUAACGACCUCGACUGAAGGUAAAAUGUUAGAUAUAGAAAACAUAUGACGAUAGCUUCAAGCAAUUAUUUAUGAUAACUACAAAAAAAAGUUAAAUUUUUUUUACGCACUUAAAAAUCGUGGGUUUGAGCUCAUUUUCACAUUUUAUAAUAAAAAAAUGAACAGAUAGCUUAAGUUAAUUGGAUAAUUGUAUAAUUCAUCAUUAAAUACACAUUUACAUUUAAUAAAUUAAGACUUUUGCUCUUAUCUUUGUCUACUCUAUCUUUAUACUAUUUUUGUAUACCAUUAUCAAGUUAACCACGGCAUCUGCAUGUUUUAACAUAUUUUAACAUCCGUUUAAACUAACCUAACAAAUAUUGAAUUCGUUUCCACGAUUUUUAAAAAAGUUCCGAAAUGUGGAAAGGUCAUUUUAUUUAUUUAUUUUUUAAUUAAACAAAUUAUACAAUGCAUGUGUUAAAGAACAACG